UAAUUUCCGUAUUAUUUGAUGAUGAAUUAGAACAUACAACGGUACCUAGAAUGCUGGAAGUAUCAGAUCCUUUAGAAUCUAAAAAUCCUAAAGAAGAUAAUGAGACUUUUCCACCUCUUUUGCCAAUACAGAUAAUGGUUGAACCAUUGUUGGUUCGUUUCAAAUACCAUUUUGAUUCAAAAAGACCUACCAACAGAAUCGAUAAGCCCGAGUGGUAUUUUAGUCAUGUUAUCACUACUAUACGUGAACAUUUACCAUUCUUGACUGGAGCGGUACAAUCGAUCGUCGAUGAUGCAGGCUUUGAGAAAUAUCACGCAAAAAAUGAGUUUAUCCGGUGUCUGCUCGUAGCUGUCACCAGAAAAUUAAAUAACAGUGUUCCAAAAUUAUUGAAUUCUCCACAAGUAUUUUCGCACACUGUAUUUGAAACAUUGCAAUUUGACCAAACUCUACGUGAAUUACACAUGUAUACACCUUCCGGGCAAAAAGAGUGGAAAGGAUGCGUUGAAGUGUUUGUUGGGAAGAAAGAAUGGUUUAAGGCAUGGUUAAAGGUUGAAAAGGACUUUGCGGAGGAACGUUAUAAUGAGAUUAUGCAUUCGGAAGAUGCGUGGGAAAUCAUCGAUGAGGAAAAUCCAGAUGAUGAAUAUAAGCCGACUAAAUCAGCAGCAAAGUUAAUUAACCUUUUAGAGCUUGUAACUAAUCGUUAUAAAUUAUUGCCGAUGUUUUAUAAUCGGAUUCGUUUCCUUGUUGAUAUUCAAGCGGAAAUAUUAUUGACCUAUGCUAAAAGGAUUAACUCUGCCGUUGACGCUUUCGAAAAUUUGAGUUAUUCGUUUGUAAGGGCUGUUCCAAAUACAGAUGGGAAAUCCAUUACAGGAAUAGAAGGAUUGAAGAGGCUAUGUAGAUGGCUAAAUAGUGCGGGUUUCGUCAGUAGAACGAUCAAAGAAUGGGGUGAGGAUGCGUUUUUCCUUGAUCUUUGGCAUGAAGUUACUGUUCGUGCUGCACGUAAUACAGGCGUAUCACCAUUACCAUCUCCAACAUUGUCUAUCAAUUCUACGGUACAGGGUCAAGGUGCCUCUUCAGCUCAUGUAGACGAGGAAAUUACUGUUGACGAAGGAACAGUUUUCGAUGACCCAGCUGAAUUAUUCGAUAAUGUUUGCGAACGAAUUCAAUCAUUAAUAGUGAAAAAUGUUUCCAGAGAGUUUUCAAAUGGAUUGAAAGCGUAUAAUAAAAAAAAUAAUUGGUCAAGUUCCGAGAUAUACGGUUAUGAUUCAUCAGAGUCUACAACUGAACAAAUACAUAGAUUGAAUAAUCAACCAAAAGAUAUUAUAUCACGCCCAACUAUUGAGUUAUCACCGGAGCUUUAUAUGCCAUUAUCUGAUCUUGCGCAUUCACUUACAUUCUUAUCAAAUAAUUUACCCGAUCGUAUAUUUAAACAUAUAUACAAAGACGUAUCAAAGGAAUUGGAAGAUCAUUUAUGGGACCGUAUCUUGAUGAGAAACCAAUUCUCUGAAUUGGGCGGAUGGCAGUUUGAAAUAGAUAUGGAAAAAGGAUUAUUUACCAUUGGUAAAAGAUGGAUUCGAAAACCGGAAAGUUAUUUUAGAAGGCUGAGAGAUGCGUGUAUUUUGCUCACUCUUCCUGCAAAUCAAUCUCCAUUAGAAAAUGAGUGCAGUAACAAAAAGCCACAACAAAAGACCUUAUAUCAAGUAAUUUCCGUAUUAUUUGAUGAUGAAUUAGAACAUACAACGGUACCUAGAAUGCUGGAAGAAUUAGGAGUUUAUCAUUUAACAUCCAAAGAAGCAAAAAAUGUUAUUGGAAGGAGAGUAGAUUAUUGGAAAUAA